CCGGCUUCUGUGCUGAUCCUCGCCCGGUGUUCUGUGCAUGUGGCUGAAGGGUGGCAGCGGGACGAACAAUGCUGGGCAUCACCAACCUGCAGGGACUCACCCGGGAGCUGUCACUCUACCUGGAGAGCCAAGUGCGAGUGGGUCUGUUCGGCUCCGGGGUGGGCUUGUCCUUGGUGCUGGGCUUUGGUGCAGCCUAUGCCUGUUACUACCUUAGUGUCAUCGCCAAGAAACCUCAGCUGGUGACCGGGGGAGAAGCCUUAUGUCGCUUCCUGAAGCAGCAUUGCCCAGCGGUGACCGAAACUUACUACCCUACGCUGUGGUGCUGGGAAGGCAGAGCCCAGACAUUGCUGAGACCAUUCAUCACUGUCAAGCCUCUAGUGCAUUACAACAAUGAGCUUAUUAAAACAGCAGAUGGAGGGCAGAUUUCACUGGACUGGUUUAGUAAUGAUGAUAAUACACUUUACCCUGAUGCCGGAACAAGGCCUACAAUCAUUUUACUGCCUGGCCUUACAGGAACAAGUCGGGAAUCCUAUAUUCUCCAUAUGAUAAAGCACAGUGAAGCUCUUGGAUACAGGUGUGUUGUUUUCAAUAAUCGCGGUGUUGCUGGGGAAGAUCUCUUGACACCUAGGACAUAUUGUGCUUCUAACACAGAGGAUUUGGAGACAGUAAUUCAGCAUGUGCAUACACUAUACCCAGAAGCUCCACUUACGGCAGCCGGUGUUUCCAUGGGGGGAAUGCUACUGCUGAACUACUUAGGAACAACUGGUAGUCAGACCCCUCUGCUGGGUGCCGCUGUGUUCUCAGCUGGAUGGGAAGUAUUUGAGUCUGCUACUGUCCUGGAGAAGCCUCUUAAUUGGAUACUCUUUAAUUACUACCUAACAACUUGUCUCCAGGCAUCAAUUAUGAGGCACCGCAGUGUACUGGAAAAACAAUUUGACAUUGAUUAUGUUAUGAAGGCUAAGUCCAUUAGAGAAUUUGACACAAGAUUUACCUCAGUAAUGUUUGGUUAUCCAACAAAUGAUCACUAUUAUAAAGAUGCUAGCCCGUGUCACAGGGUGAAAUCAAUCGAAAUACCCGUGUUAUGUCUGAAUGCGAUAGAUGAUGUCUUCUCCCCUGGGCAUGCAAUUCCAGCAGAGAAUGCCAAACAAAAUCCUAAUGUUGCAUUGGUGCUUACAGCUUAUGGAGGCCAUAUAGGAUUUUUGGAGGGGAUCUGGCCAAGGCAGCAAACCUACAUGGAUCGGAUUUUCAAGCAGUUUGUACAAGCGAUUUUUGAGCAUGGAAGUGAGCUUUCCAGCAUGUAGAUUUCCAAAGUAAUGCUAAUUUUUUUGCUCCUAAUUUUUCCUUUUUCUUCUAAGAUCAUCAUUUUACAGUGGCAGGUGUAAAACGAAAAAAAAAAAAAAUUAUAAAAUAAAAAAAAAGGUUCAGCUUAUGCACAAGUUAACCCUUUAGAUGCUGAUGAAUCAUGAAACUAUACCUCUAAAAAGCACAAGGGUUAACCUUCAAUUAUAGCAACCAGGUAAGCCAGCGAGCUAGAUCUAGGCGUCCAGCAUCAGACACCUGCAAAUAAAUAAAGAUAUUGUUUUCUAGAAAGUACUUUCAUAAAGGAAUGUUAGCAUUUUAUAUUUCAUUUUUUUAUGUUACCAAGGACAACCUUUACUAUAAUUACGCCUUGCAUAUACUCAAUUGCACUUAAUAGACCAAUUAUACAGUAUAUUCAAAGACACAUUCCUCAGGGUUAUAAUGUAAAACAGUUUCUAUGCCUGGAACUGCAAGCAUUACCAUAAUACAGUGUGACGGAUUUCCACAUCCUGAUAUGUUUUAAUGUAAUGCAUGCUCAUGAGGGCAUUGUAAAAACAUUACGCAAAACAAGAAUGCUAAAAUUGCAGGAAUGAAUAGCAAACUGCACAAGUACAAUAGAUAGAGUGAAAGAAAGCAUGAACUGUAGCAGUGUUAGGUAGAACCCUUAUUAACUUAUUUCAUACAGCCUGUAAAACCAUGUAUAACUUAUUUUAUUUCCCAUGUCCUUUUCCAUAUUUAUUUUAUAACUGAUUGAAAUGCACUUGAAAUAAAUAUAUUUUUAGUUUACUCUGUGCAAUAAAAAAAAUUGUAAUU